AUGUCGCGGCGCACCGAAUUCCCGCUCUGGACGCGACGGGGGCUCAACGGAAAUUCGGCUGCUCUCUCAUUGGUGGUGUCUGUGCCCGGGGAUAACGAUAUUGGCGGCGAGGGCUCGGAGCCGGUCAAACAGGACAAGGUGGCCGCCUUCCGGGCAGAGUUUGGGGGAAAGGACACUGCCCUGGUGGACUUUGUCCAGUUCUACAAGAUCGGCACCAUCCCGCCGCGGUCGAACCACACGCGGCCACCGCUGUCGGACGGCAUUAACGUCAUGCUGAGCCACUUCCCGCUGACGGCUUCCGUGUCAGCGGUCAACCACGAGGCCCUAAGGCGCCUCCGGAUCAACCUGAUUUUCUCGGCACACUCGCACACUUCCUUUGUGGGUAUAAGAAGGAAGGAGACGGGUCACAGUCUGAGGAUGGAGGGCCUCAACUCGCCGGCACUCGAGAGCAUCAACCUCGAGGACGAUAACACGGUGGAGAUUGUCGUACCGACCUGUUCAUACCGGAUGGGCGUCAGAACAAUGGGCUACGGAGCCGCCGUCAUCGACCGUGCGGGCCGGGUGAGUUACGCGGUGCUGUGGCUGACCCCCCCCCCUCACUGA